GCCGCGAAUAACAUAAUUAUAUUCAAAAUGAAGUUGUCUUCUUCUCAUAUGAGUGGUAGUAAAGCAAUAAAUUUGGGUAAAUUCUCAAAAAAAUCGAUAGAUUUGACCUCAUCCCUUGUUCGAGUCCAUACAAGUCUUCCCCCUGGAUUGUACGAGGGCCCUGUUAGCCGUCAUCUAGUACUCUGCAUUACUUUUUUUCGCUGGACCGCUCACAACGGCUCAAUAGGUGUUCGAAGUCGUGAAACGGAUGUAUCGGAACGGCCAACUCAGCGAAGUUCGCUAAAAUUUCGGCAGACAGAGCCAAAAUCUGUGCAGGUACGCGUCGUCUGGUGGGGUGAGAACGUAGUGGCUGCCUCAUCCACUCUUGGAGUAGGCUUGUAUGGAGCUAUUUUUACACCUCGACUCUCCAACCGCUCUUCCAUAAAUAUUCCUGUGCGCACUAAAGCCUAUUAUCCAGUCCAUGUGCCUAUUUCUCAUCUUAUUGCAUACCUUAAUGAGUUUUGCGAGAAUUAA